AUGAUUGCUCAAACCUUGUGGAAGAAAAUGGCCGACUAUCUGAAUAAUGGCUACAUACGGAAGCUAUCCGAUGAAGAGUUGCGUCAAUCAUUCCCACGUCUUUGGUAUCUUCCAGUAUUCCCAGUGUCAAAUCCAAAUAAGCCAGCAAAAGUAAGAAUCGUGAGGGACACGGCUGCCAAAGCAUUCGGAACAUCGCUGAAUUCUGUUCUGCUGAAAGGUUCAGAUCAUCUAUCUUCCUUGUUUACUAUAUUCAUCCGUUUCCGUGAGCAUCACAUAGCCCUAACAGGUGACAUACGUGAAAUGUUUCACCAAGUGUUGAUUCGCAGUGAAGACCAACAAUGUCAGCGGUUCUACUGGAGAGACGAGAGCGGAACGAUAGCAAUAUACGUCAUGUGCGUCAUGACAUUCGGUGCUUGCUGCUCCCCUAGUAGCGCCCAUUAUGUAAUGACCUCGAAUGCAAAACGCUUUACCCAGGAUUAUCCCGCAGCCGUAGAGGUUAUUAAGAAGCAACACUACGUAGAUGAUAUGUUGGUGAGUGUGGAAACGGAAGAGCAAGCCAUCAAUCUCGCCCAGGACGUCAAGUUUGUGCACUCGCAGGGUGGGUUUGAAAUCCGUAACUGGACCAGCAAUUCGCAACGUGUCCUAAAAACUCUACGUGGAAGUAACGUCGAGGAAAAGAACCUAAACCUUUGUUUAGAAAUGGAGACUGAAAAGGUUUUGGGAAUGUGGUGGAGUACAGCUGAUGAUGCAUUCACCUUUAAAAUCAACUGGAACCGCUACGAUCGAGACCUGUGGCGAGGAAGCAUCCACCCUACAAAACGAGAGGUUCUCCGGGUCCUAAUGACGAUCUUCGACCCGCUUGGACUCAUCGCGCCGCUCCUUAUGUUCUUGAAGAUUUUGCUGCAGGAAAUCUGGCGUAGUGGUAUUCAGUGGGACGAAAAGAUCGACAACAAUACCUUUGCUAAGUGGCGAAGCUGGUUGCAAAUCUUGCCUCAGGUUGAACAGGUACAAAUACCUCGGUGCUUUCUCUCUCGAUCUGAAUACGGGUAUAAUAAUGCACAAUUGCACACAUUCGUUGAUUCGAGCGAAAACGGUAUGGCUGCAGCGUGCUACCUACGCAUCAUACAAAAUGAAUCAGUUCAAUGUUGUUUGAUCGCCGCCAAAACAAGAGUCGCUCCCUUAAAAUAUCUAUCGAUUCCUCGGCUCGAGCUCAUGGCUGCAGUUAUUGGUACAAGACUUUCCCAGGCGGUCCUUAAUUCUCUGUCUUUCACUGUAACCAAGCGGAUCUAUCAUACAGAUUCCAGAGAUGUAAUUUGCUGGAUAAACUCGGAUCAUCGGCGGUAUACUCCAUUUGUCGCCUGCCGAGUCAGCGAGAUUCUGGAAACAACAAAUCAAAACCAAUGGCGUUGGGUUCCGACAAAGAUGAACGUCGCUGACGACGGCACGAAAUGGGAGAAGCUCCCAGACAUGACCCCUGAAUCCAGAUGGUUCAACGGUCCGGACUUUCUACGGAAACGAGAAGAAACUUGGCCGUGUCAACUUGCAAAAGGUAGCACGACAGAUACCGAACUGCGACCCUGUGUGCUAACCCACUUUACCGUGUCAGAUCCAGUAAUCAACGUCUCCAGCUGGAAACGAAUGACCAAAAUAGCUGCAUUUAUUUAUCGCUUCGCAACAAACUGUCGCCUGAAGAUUGACAAAAUCCCAAUCCGUUGCGGACCAUUGUCCACGGACGAAACGCAGGCUGCUGAACGCUACUUGAUAUGCCAAGCCCAACGAGAGGCUUACCCGGACGAGAUAGCUGCAUUACAUAAAGCGGCAAACAUUCCCAAGAAUAGUUCACUGUUUAAGCUGACCCCAUGGAUAGACAACCAAGGAUUGAUGAGGAUGCGCGGAAGAAUUAGUGCCUGUGCUUCGGCCAUCGAAGAGGCCAAGAACCCGAUAAUCCUACCACGUGACCACCACACCACCAAACUUAUUAUUGCCCACUAUCAUAAUAAAUAUAACCACCAAAAUCACGAGACCGCUAUCAAUGAAUUACGACAAAGAUAUUCCAUACCUCGACUACGAGCGACCUAUGCAAAGGUACGUCAUGACUGUCAACAGUGCAAGAAUCUCCGUGCUGCUCCACAGCCACCUAUAAUGGCCGAUCUUCCUCCAGAGCGACUCGACGCCUUCGCUCGACCAUUCACCCAUAUUGGUGUUGAUUAUUUCGGACCGAUGGAAGUCGUUGUAGGCCGCCGAGUAGAGAAACGUUGGGGAAUGCUGGUGACAUGUUUGACUACUCGUGCAAUCCACAUAGAAGUGGUACACACAUUAAGUACCGACUCAUGCAUCAUGAGUCUUCGAAGCUGUGUGGCACGCCGAGGUACGCCUAAAACGAUUUAUAGUGACCGAGGAACCUGUUUCAUCGGUGCGAGUCGCGAGAUAUGA